AUGAAGCUCAACGUUUCCUACCCGGCCAAUGGGUCGCAGAAGUUGAUCGAAAUUGAUGAUGAGCGCAAGCUGAGACCUUUCAUGGAGAAGCGAAUGGGAACUGAAGUUGCCGGCGACUCGCUCGGCGAUGAAUUUAAGGGAUAUGUUUUUCGAAUCACUGGUGGUAACGAUAAGCAAGGUUUCCCCAUGAAGCAGGGUGUCCUCCUGCCAAACCGCACCAGACUCCUCCUCUCUGAUGGCCACAGCUGCUACCGUCCCCGCCGAACAGGAGAGCGCAAGAGAAAGAGUGUCCGUGGAGCCAUCACUGGUCUCGACCUUUCCGUCCUUGCUCUCAGCAUUGUCAAGCAGGGUGAGGGUGAGCUUCCCGGUUUGACCGACGUUGUCAACCCCAAGCGCCUCGGCCCCAAGCGUGCCACCAAGAUCCGCUCCUUCUUCGGUCUCGAUAAGAAGGAUGACGUUAGAAAAUUCGUUAUCCGCCGUACCGUCACCCCUAAGGGCGAAGGAAAGAAAGAGUACACCAAGGCUCCUAAGAUCCAGCGUCUCGUCACCCCCCAGAGACUACAGCGAAAGCGUCACAGAAUGGCCCUCAAGCGCCGUCGCUCCGAGGCUUCCAAGGAAGCUGCCAACGAAUAUGCCAAGAUGUUGGCUAGCCGUGUCCACGAAGAGAAGGCUAAGCGUGAUGAGCUCCGAAAGCGACGAGCUUCGUCGAUGCGCAAGUAA